GUGUGUUUGAGUCUUGUGCUUGGGUUUGGUCGGUAACACCGCACCCUUGCACAUGUCACACAGACACAGCACUAACGGUUCGCACGCACGGACACACCACUGCACACCACUGCACACCACGACGACGCAGAACAACAAGAAUACCCCGCUGCAUGUGGCAGCACAGGAGGGCGACUGCGAGAUUGCGAAGAUCCUGCUCGAAGCCGGAGCUGAUCCGAAUGCCCUCAACGAUCGCGGCGAAACACCGCUGGAGCGUGCGAGGAAACGCUUCCAGGCCAAGAAGACGGCCGUAGGUGUGGUGACUAUGCUGGAGGACUGGGUGCAGAACAACCCGCCCUUGAGUCCAGCAUCAGCAGCACCAACCACCCCGGCGGCGCCGCCAGACAGCCCAGUGGCGCCGCCAGACAGCCCAGUGGCGCCGCCAGACAGCCCAGUGGCGCCGCCAGACAGCCCGACGGCAGAGAACGUCCAGGAACAACACAAGAACCAGCGACAACACAGGCAGCAGGGACAACACAGGCAGCAGGGACAACAGUGA